AUGGGCACUAGAAGGACGGCCACCCAGAUGCGGACCAAGAAGGCCCUGGGGUUGGUGGCGUUCAGGGAUGUGAUUGUGGACUUCACCCCGGAGGAGUGGCAGCAGCUGAAGCCUGUGCAGAAGGACCUGUACAGGGACGUGAUGAUGGAGACCUACUGGAACCUGGUCUCGCUGGAGUUGCAGACCAAACAAGACAUGAAUGAACUGGAUCAAGAGAAUGACUCUUGGGAAGACAGACCAUCUAUUGCAGUGGUGGUGGAAGGACUCAUGAAAAAUGGAGCCCAGGGUUAUACCUGUGAAAAAGCAGGGAUUCAGGGUAAGAGG